AUGCCACAAGCAAACCUCUUUGUUUUCAUUCUUUCUAAUAUUUGUUCCAUAUAUCUUGACUAUAUUGUCGAACAUGGCGGCUACCGGAGUCUAUUCUUCCUCAUUAGUUCAUCGUCCGGCUGUCUUCCCAUCAUUUACAUUCUUCUUCACCCUUCUCCUCGCCAUGUCCUCCGCCCAGCAGCUCUCUGCAAAUUUCUACGCUUCGUCGUGCUCGAACGCCCUUUCCAUAAUAAAGCAGGGGGUGGUGUCCGCCGUGCAGGCGGAGGCUCGGAUGGGAGCGUCCUUGCUUCGUCUCCAUUUCCAUGAUUGCUUCGUCAAUGGUUGUGACGGAUCAAUUUUGUUGGAUGACACGCCAAACUUCACCGGAGAGAAAAACGCGGGUCCAAAUGGCGGAUCGGUGAGAGGAUACAACGUGAUUGACUCCAUUAAGGCUCAACUCGAGAGCGCUUGUCCUGGUGUCGUAUCUUGUGUUGACAUUGUUGCGGUCGCCGCUCGAGACUCUGUUGUUGCGCUUGGUGGCCCCAGUUGGAACGUUUUACUAGGGAGAAGAGAUUCCACCACUGCGAGUGCUAGCGCGGCUAACAAUAAUAUUCCUGCACCAACAUUCAGUCUGAGUCAACUCAUCUCUUCUUUCUCCAACAAAGGCUUUUCCACCCGCGAAAUGGUUGCUCUAUCAGGAGCGCACACAAUAGGGCAAGCUAGGUGCACGACGUUCCAGACUCAUAUCUACAAUGACGCUAAUAUAAAUCCCACAUUUGCAAGCUCAUUGAAAGCAAUUUGUCCUCAAAGCGGGGGUGACAACAACCUUGCCCCACUCGACAAUACUCCAACUACGUUUGACAAUGCUUAUUUUGUGAACUUGCAAGGUCAAAAAGGAGUUUUCCAUUCUGACCAGGAACUCUUCAACGGAGGUUCCACGGACUCCAUUGUCAACACCUACAGCUCCAACCCAUCUACCUUUGCUUCCGAAUUCGCAAACGCUAUGCUAAAAAUGAGUAAUCUUAACCCUCUCACAGGCUCUAAUGGCGAGAUCAGGAAGAAGUGUGGGAGUACCAAUUGAGUUGCAGUGGAAUGGAACACCAAGAAUUGUGGUUUUAGUUUUAUUAAUGUGUGGUAUUUUAUACCCCUAUUCUAGUGUGUUGUGAUUGUAGUGCAAUUGAAGAAUAUUGUUUUGUGACGGGAUGGAUAUAUAUGUCAAGGCCAACAAGGAAUUGAAUGGUUUUUAGAUGUUCAUGUUUUGUUUCUUUUAGCCAAAUGUGGAGCAAUUGUAAUGUAAUUGAAUAUUCCUCAUGGGAAAUGAGAGAAUAUACUUGUCAAAAAAACUAUUUUUACUUUCAAUUAAACUCUACCUUUUAUU